GGAGGCACCUAGUUAGGAAGGCAUAGAUAAUCACUUCAGGCGAUGCUGGAGACCACCUUGUUAACCAGGUCCAUAGCAACACACCGCAUACAUCCCUGGAGGACUUUAGGUUAUUGCACUUAGCCUUUUUGACAGCCCUUGGUCGCUAUAUGCUUCAGCUGCAUGGAACAGAGAAGUGCGAAUCUCCUUUUGUGUUCCACACAAGAAAGAAAGCCAUACUUGUUUUUGAACAACAUGAGGCUGUCUCGGCACAUUACGAGAGAUCAGCGACGUCUUGACCGAAUGCACUGGAAAUCAGAUUGCCCGGUCUUUGGAUCUUCGAGAACACCCGAGACAGGUUUUCCAUUAAAGCAUGAAUGUCACACUCACAUCUUAGAACAGCUGAAGAAACGUGUGUGCAGUAACCGGAGCGGCCCGCUGGGACCUCGCAGAGCAUCUUAUUCAGUACAGACCAAACAAACAAAGAUGGAGUCUGACAGUGAAGAGAAUCACAGCGAAACAUGUGAUGGCACAAUUCUGCCUGACUGCAUCGCUGAGGCGCCCAGCUUGCAUCUCGGAGCGGGUAAAAAGCGUGCGGCCGCAGAAGGGGUCCGCGGGGCGCCAGUCAACAAGAGGAAAUCUCUCCUGAUGAAGCCCCGCCACUACAGUCCCAGCCCCUGCCCCAGCGAGGAAGACCUGGCAAACGCUCGGGACAAAGACGCGCCCAGGAACACUGACACUCCAGCAGAUGAGGAACUCGACGGCAGUGAUGUUCUGGAAGACACCGUCUAUCACAACGCAAACUCUCACCACUUGUUGUCAUGGUCGGAACAAACGAGCGAGGGUUCGCCAGACCUGAUGGCUCAGAUAUCCGAGCACCAGACUGAGCAAGAGGAGGAGGAACACAACCAGGACUUUGAAGACCAAAAUCAGGAGGAGAUCAGAGCCAGCUAUCACCUUUCUCCAGACAGAGAGGCAGACGAGGAAGAAUGGAGCGUUCCUCCGUCCCUAACGAAAGUCAACGGGAUCCAUCACAGCCCCAGUCCCCCUGCAGACGACGCUUUCAUAAAGAGACUCCGAAUAGGUCAGCAGUUCCACGAAGACGCUCUUUCUGCUUACAUCAACAGAAACAGUGCAGGGAACUUUAUGGAGGAGUAUGGCUCUGUGCGAGAGUUCAGCGACAGUGAGGAGGAGCUCCAGACGCCCAGGAUUGAGGAGCGAGGAGGUGUUUGGGGUCCAGGUCUGAUGGCCAGACGUCUGGAGCUGGAUAGAGCCCGACUGAACCUCAGUCUUCUAGAGCAGGCCAUGGUGCUGCAGUCUGAACAUAGACAGGUCAUCCACAGUGCCUACAAAGACAUGGACCGCUUCCUCCUGGAGCAGAUGAACCAUGAUCGGAGGCAGCAGAGGAUGCUGGAGAUAGACGCUCGCUCCAUGUACCACAGCAGCAAAGACUCCCCUCGGACAGAAAAGAAAGACAUCAAAUGUCCGACCCCGGGCUGUGACGGGACGGGUCACGUGACAGGCCUCUACCCUCAUCACCGGAGUCUAUCAGGAUGUCCCCACAAAGUCAGAGUGCCCCCAGAGAUCCUUGCCAUGCACGAAAACGUCCUUAAAUGUCCGACCCCUGGCUGUACAGGAAGAGGUCAUGUCAACAGUAACCGUAGCACGCAUAGAAGUCUCUCAGGCUGCCCGAUAGCGGCUGCAGAAAAGAUCUCCAAACCGCAGGAGGAGCCCACAAAGUGCAGACAGAGCGCAGACAGAAUGGCCAGACCUUUAGGAAACAUGAAGAAAUUUGACUUCACAUACAGAUUUGCUCAUCCUAUGGCAGCGUUGCAGGCCAGCAUGGCCAAAGACAUGGACAAGUACACUAAAGGCCAUUUUGACUACGCCAGUUUUGACGCCCAGGUCUUUGGCAAGCAAGCUCAGAUGGCAUCCGACCAGAGUCACGAAUCUUCACACUUUCCUGACUCCGCUCAGUUCCCUUAUUUUCUGGCUCCUGGUGGUCAUAUGAUCAUGCCCGGAGACAACAGCCCCAUUUGCCAUAAAGCCCAAAGCAACGCCCUCCAGUCCAACAUGGCAUCCGCAGCCAUCCUCAACCUCUCCACCCGUUGCCGAGACAACAGCGAGGCCCUGCCCCCCAGCCGGCCCCUGGCAUCAUCCACAAAGGACUCGCUCAUUGAGGUAGACGAGAACGGAACGCUGGAUUUAAGUAUGAAGAAAAAGAGAGAAAAGUCGAGAGACUCUCCUGUGAUGCCAGUGUUGGGAGACGCUCUUUUCACCCCACCUGAACACUCUCUAGCCAAAGCUGCGGGUCUCCAGAUCUCCCCGGCCAUCUACCACGUCCUCUAUGAGCGGGAUGCCUGGGACACGCCGCUGAACUUCAGCAAAACACCCGUGCAACAGGACAAAGAGAUGGAUCAGUUGGAGAAGGCGUCUCUAGAGGAUAAAGCGUACAAUGGGGACGCUAACAUGGCAAGUGCAAAAAACAAGAUGCUCAUAAGAGACACCAAAAAAGAGCUGAUGAGUUGUCCGACACCAGGUUGUGAUGGCAGUGGUCAUGUGACAGGAAAUUAUGCGUCGCACAGAAGUGUAUCUGGUUGCCCAUUGGCUGAUAAGACCCUGAAAUCACUAAUGGCUGCUAAUUCUCAAGAGCUAAAGUGCCCGACUCCUGGUUGUGACGGCUCGGGUCAUGUGACGGGAAACUAUGCAUCUCAUAGGAGUCUGUCAGGAUGCCCUCGUGCCAGGAAAGGAAGCUUGAAGCUCACGCCAAGCAAAGAGGACAAAGAAGAGCCGGAGAUGAAGUGCCCGGUGUCAGGGUGUGACGGGCAGGGCCACGUGUCGGGUAAAUACACGUCCCAUCGCAGCGCUGGAAGCUGUCCCAUCGCCACCAAGCAGCAGAAGGAGAGCUCCAUGAACGGGUCGGCCUUCUCCUGGAAGAUCUGUAAACAGGAGCUUCCUCACUGCCCUCUGCCCGGCUGCAACGGCCUGGGUCACGCCAAUAACGUCUUCGUUACACACAGGAGUUUGUCAGGAUGUCCACUAAACGCCCAGAGCAUCAAGAAGAAGCUCUCCGAGGAGGAGAUGAUGACCAUCAAACUCAAAACCAGCAGUGGUAUUGAGAACAAUGAAGACAUGCAGCACUUGGAUCAUGAAAUAAAGGAGCUAAAUGAAUCCAAUCUGAAGAUAGAAGCAGACAUGAUGCAGCUCCAGACUCAGAUUUCAUCCAUGGAGUGCAACCUAAAGACCAUCGAGGAGGAGAAUAAGAUAAUUGAGCAGCACAACGACAGUCUGUUGAAGGAGUUAGCGCGUCUCAGUCAAGCACUUAUCAACAGUCUCACAGAUAUACAGCUGCCGCAAAUGGGUCCGAUCAAUGAACAGAACUUCGAAGCGUACGUGAACACACUGACGGAUAUGUACAACACUUCAGAGCACGAGUACUCGCCGGAAUGCAAAGCCUUAUUGGACAGCAUCAGACAGGCCAUAAAGGGCAUCCACGUAUAAGGCCAAACUCUUUCACGGAGAGGCUGGCUUUGUGAUCCGUGCAAGAUAUGUCUCGUUUAAAUUACUCCAUUCCAUGACAAAUUCAUUGCACUGAAAAAUACCAGCCACAUUUUUACAGCUCAAUGUUCCUCGUAGUGAGAUUUGACCUCCUUUUGCACUUAUUUAUUUCCUAUGGUUUGCUUGACUUUAUUCCGUAUUGUUCUUUUGCGUGUUGUUAUAUUAUUGCUGCAUAUUAUCUUUAUUCAUCGGUACUAUUUAUCUCACAGUAAUCUUAUUUAUUGAUUUAUUUAUUGCUAUCAUGAAUUGUUGUUUUUUUGUUUCAUUUCUGCAACUCCAAAAAUGCAAGGCCAAUCUUACAUAUUGUGAAUUUUAUUUAUUUUACAUUUACCUGCGUUUGUUGUACA